AUUAAGCAUUUUGUUAAUUAUUCAUAAUUAAUUCGGAUAUACAACACUUUAGCCACUGUCUGGUGAAUCAGUUCACGUUUAUAAACAUAUACUUGUGUGGUGAAUUUUGUUUGUUUGAACUUUAAAACUAGGGAAGUAGGCAGCCUCGCCUUACCGACAAGUUUUGAAUUUGUGUUAACUUAAUGAUAACAUCUUUGGCAGGGUUCAAGAUGUUUAAACUAAGAAUCAAACUAUCAAAUGCCCUAGCCCUCAAGCGCAUGAUGUCAACACAAGAAUCAGAUGUACUAUUCGAAACAUUGAACAACGCAGGUGUCAUCACAUUAAACCGUCCCAAAGCUCUAAACUCCCUCAACACUUCCAUGGUGACAAAACUAUUACCGCAACUUCAAGAAUGGGAGAACACGAAAACCUGUGUCAUAGUCAAAGGAGCCGGGGAUAAAGCUUUCUGUGCAGGCGGCGAUGUUAAAGCAGCCAUAGACAAAGUGGAAGGACCGAUCUUCUUUCAUACAGAAUAUAAUGUAAACUACUUAAUUGGGAAAUAUAAGAUUCCUUACAUAGCGAUUAUCAACGGUAUCACCAUGGGAGGAGGUCUAGGAUUAUCGGUGCAUGGACGAUACAGGGUGGCGACUGAGAAGACACUCAUAGCUAUGCCGGAGACGAAGAUUGGGCUGUUCCCGGAUGUUGGUGGAUCAUAUUUCUUGCCAAGGUUGCAGGUCAAUUUAGGAUUGUAUUUGGGAUUAACGGGUGACAGACUAAAAGGCAAAGAUGUUGUCAAAGCCGGCAUAGCCACCCACUUCGUCCCAUCCUCCCGUCUCUAUGAGCUAGAAACACUUCUCUCCCGCUGCACCAACGAGACCGAGAUACAAGCGUUGCUAACCAAGUUCCAUGAGCCCGCUGAAGAUUUUUCUCUAGCGGAGAACAUUAAGCAUAUUAAUUAUUGCUUUGCUGCUGGCAGCGUGGAGGAAAUUAUUGAGAGGCUGCAGAAAGUGAAUAAUGACUGGUCUAAUAAAACGUUGAAGACGCUCCACUCCGUAUGCCCUGGCUCCCUGAAAAUCACACUGCGUGCGCUGCAGCGCGGUGCACAACUAGAACUGGGGCAGUGCCUCAAGAUGGAGUACCGAGUAGCCUGCCGCAGCACUGAGAACCACGACUUCCCUGAAGGUGUACGCGCCCUCCUGGUCGACAAGGACAAUAGCCCCAAGUGGAAGCCCGCGACCCUCGCGGAAGUCACCGACGACUACGUCGAGGAGUUCUUCAAGAAACUGCCAGAAGACAGGGAGCUUAAGUUCUUUGACUUUGAGUCUAAACUGUAACUUAACUGAUAUGGUACUUCAUCGGGUGUAGAACCGUUUAUAAGGACCUCGCUUAUUUAAUCCGGUACAACGACGAAAUUUUGAGAUCCUGUUCCAGUACAUGUGGCUUUCCAUUAGAGAAGGCUCCUUGUGGUCCACACACAUGCUCCAUGGGAAUCCACAUAAAUAAAAAAGCCUCGAACACAAAAAAAUAAAAAUAAUACACAUCUGAUAAAUAAACAAUAAAAAGAGUGUACGAGAACCCCUCUAUAGGGUAUAGGCCUCCUCCAAGGUUUUCCAGAGCUCUCUGUCUAAGGCUGUUGCUAUGCAGUUCCAGGAAAGCCACAUAUGAAUAUUUAAUCUUGGUUAAACUAGUCGGUUACCUGAUGUAUUUAAGCACGUCUAUGUCAGUCUACAAUAUACAGGAUGUUUUUUUAUGAGCCCAAAUUGAAAAUCGGAAAAAAAACAGCAGCUUGAACUCUAUAGAAAACAUCGAGAUAUGAUUCGUAAACUAAGGAUAAGUGUGAAUAGUCUUACAGAAACUUAAGGAAUUCUAUUUUUUAAAUCAGAUACUAAUCACAAGCAGGUACAAGUUUUUUAAGUACGGUAAAAUAAAAGUUUUGAUAUUCCUUAACUUUGACAGCCACAGGACGGCUGUGAAGGUCCUCGGAGCCCCGAUCCGAAUUUUAAGAUGCGUAAAAAAUUCCUAAAUAUACGAUAUGGCCGUCAGCUUUACCAUUGCAAUAGGGACUUACGCGGGACUCCGUGAAGUUCAAUUUCGUUUAAAUAAUCGUGAUCGCCUGGCGCCCGGGGCAGGGCAUAUUCCUUCGGCGGCGUUCAAAGGGAUGAAUAUGGUUUUGGUCUAGUCAAUGAAUUUUGUUAGAAAUUUUUUGUAUGGUCCAAUAUUGCUGAAAAAAGUACCUUUUACUUGUUUGUGAUUUCACCGAAGAAAUCUCGUAAACGAAAGCUCCUGCUGGAACAACUGAUAAAAGAAUAAAGACUGUUAAUCUUCAUACAAAGUCGCGUGCAUUAUCUUCUAACGUAGCGUUUUAGGGGGUCCGAAGCCCGACCAUUUUGUAUGUGUUAAGGGGGUCGCGUCAUGAAAAAGAUUGAAAAACACUACUCUAGCGGCUUACCCCCUUAUUUAUAAAACUUUACGGGCCUGUUUUAGUUAAAUUAUGUUUUAUCCCUUUCUGACAAAUACAGAAGUUAAAAUUACGGAUAAAGACAAACGAUUCAUAGCUAAUUCAGGCCUGUAACGCGUUUAUGAAUAACGCCAUUACUAUACAAGAAAAUUUGGUAGACAGAUUUGAAUUAUUGUUAUGAUAACCUCUAGCGCGCUAUGGCGACCGAUUUGACGACAGUUCUGGCCUAUUGGGUAGUGAACCUGCCCAUGAAGCCGAUGGUUCUGGGUUCAAAUCCCGGUAAGGGCAUUUAUUUGUGUGAUGAGCACGGAUAUUUGAUCCUGAGUCUUGGGUGCUUUCUAUGUAUUUAAGUAUUUAUAUAUUAGGUACAUAUAUCGUUGUCUGAGUACCCACAACACAAACCUUCUUGAGCUUACUGUGGGACUUAGUCAAUUUGUGUCAUAAUAUCCUAUAAUGUUUAUUUAUUUAUGGCGCCAUUUCGAGGUCGAAUAUUCUUAUGUCUAAAUAUUGUCAGUACAAAUAUCUGUAUACUUAUGUAGAAUUCGUAGAUUCGAAUUUCUACGGAUCAUGUCUACAAAUGUCUCAUGUUUACAACAUAUAAUCUAGACAUAAUAAGCGUUUAAAAAUGUAUUUUAUCAUUAUUGAAAGAGUCACUAGAUGAUUUUUGAAGCAUUCCACGAUAAUGUCGCUUACGGAACGCCAUUCUUCUAAUACUUCUGAAAAUCCUGAGAUAGCGAUAUCGGGUCUGGGAAUAUUUCAUGACUUGGCUUACAAUUGGCGGCAUAUUCUCGAGCUUUAUCGAUUAAGGUGGCAGCCUUACAAGGCAAAGGCGUUACGUAUGCGACAUUCUCGUGGAAUGCCCGUUUAUAGCAAUGGCGAUAGCGACUUUGUGUGAAGAUUAACAUUCUUUAUUAUUUUAGUGUCACUGGUAGCCAUGAAUGCCAACUUAAUUUGAAUUUACCUCAAAACAGGGUUUCAUGAAUUUACACACAUAUAGUUCGUGUCAUCCACGAUGACGCGCAGAUUUGUCAAAUCUAACCUUUAGUAACAUGACAAUACGAAUCAAGGCAGGCGUCUUCAUUAAUGACACGAUCUAUAAACUUAAGUGCAAUAAAAAACAAUUUUGUAAAAAUCAAGUGCCACUUAUUAGUUUUAAGAUAAAAUUUUAUACAGAUAUCGUUUUUUGUGUAUUUCUGUUUACGUAAUUCCAGUAUAUUCCAAAAUGUCAUCGCAGACUUAAAAAGCAUUUAUUAUAGAACUAUCGUUUUGUAGUAUUCUAUAGGUACUUAGUUUUCUUGUAAAGUUUUGUAUUCCUAUUUGUAUAAAUAUGUGUUAUUACUGUGAAAUAUAUCACUGAAAAAGUUA